AUGCUCGAGGACGGAUCUGAUCAGGAUGUAGUCCUAGUGACACAACUACCAUCAGACUCUUGGUUUGAAGCUUUUGCUUUGCGGCCCAAUGGCAAAAUUCUAGCCUGUCGACUAGACGAACCCGAAUUAUACACAUUUAACCCCGAAGACUCAAAUUCGACACCUGAGCUGCUGCAUUCCUUUGAUCGAAAUGCGAACGGUCUUGUCGAUGCGGAUCCAAUACCGGGUACGAAAGAUGAAUAUUUCGUCCUUUCAACCGUUAGUGAUCUAGUUAAUGUCGAAUUCAACGAUUUUAUCAUAUGGCGCGUAGCGCUCAGCCCGGACGACAGCAAUCCGCCCAAAGUCACCAAAGUAGCCGAAAUCCCAAAUGCAGGCCUCUGCGCAGCCGCCGUCGCCAUUUCAGAUCGCGUGGUGAUAAUACCAGACUCAACUAAGAAUUGCAUAUGGCAUCUCGAUACACAGACAGGUCAAUCAUCAAUACUCAUAGCCGACGAUAGUAUGAAGAUUGCAAAUGGCGAAGGAAAUUUCUUCGGUCUUAACCGGAUAUGCAUCACAGAUGAAUUUAUAUGGUUUACGAAUACCAGUGCUGGUACAUUAUGUCGCAUCCCAAUUGAACGAGUUCAAGAUGAUCCAUCUGUAGGAAUCCGCAUAACAGGACCUGUGCAGAUUCUUACUGAUGAGAUCACUGACUGCGACGGGCUGGUUCUUACACAAGAUGAGACUGCGGCCUACACGUGCAGUUAUAAGGAUGGGUUUAUCUGGAAGGUUAACAUUGAACCAUCGACCGGCAAGGCCACGACAAGUGUUGUCUUGCGAAACUUAGCCUCGCCAACAGCCGUCGAGCUAAAUUACGUCAAUGGCAAGCCGAAAUUAUUUAUUGUGUGCUGCGGGGAGAUCCAGAUGGCUUGGAUUCAGGAUAAAGAAAACCCCUGGAGCGAUAUUGUAAAUAUUAAUGCGGCGGUGACGGUUCAAGUUGAGACUCGGGAAGUUGUUGAGACUGUUUGA